AUGGACUCACGCGCGAACUGCGUCACGCAGAAUCCAGCAUGGCUCUUCGCGCCGGGACCUAGCAGACAAACACAAACGGCAUCUUCACUGCCAGUUGCCCCACCAGUUCAACAUCAACAUCCGCGGCCCAACAAAUUAAAGCGUCGACGCCUGAGAAGCGAUGUAGACGACAAUCGUCCCUUCCAAACACCCCUGCCUAAGAAGCGUAUACGCGUAAAUUGCAGUGUGUGGCGCCCCGCUGCGGUGACUAGGGUAGCGAGUCGGAAAGGCAAGGAACGAGCGUGGGAUCUUGAGGGUGAGGAUGGGGAGUUGGGUGGUUGGCUUGAUGGUUGGAAGUGCGAUGGGGCUGUGGAUGAGGAUGGGGGUAUGGGUGGAGAUGGAGAUGGGAGCGAGGAGGAGGAGGAGGAUUUGGUGAUUUAUACGGCGCCGGCUGUGGAGAUGGAGGGGACCAGGGAUGCGGAAUCGGUUGAGGAGGAUGAUAAGGUUGCUAUGGUUAUGAAGCUGGAUGUAGGUGUGGAUUUGAGGGCGAUGGAUAUUGACGCAGAUACAGAUCCUGGCGCUAUGGAUCCGUUUGGUAAGGGGGCUGUCGUGGCUGUGGAUAUCGGCAGUGGAACCGAUGGCAUUAUGGGGCCCGCUCCAAUCUCGGAUUCGAAAGGUAUUAUGGAUUUGGAAACUACUGCCGAACCGGCGUAG